CAGAACAGAGAGUAUAGCAUCCUUCCCAUCCAGAGAGCAUGUGCAAUUUUACUCACAUGGCUCCUGGGUAGAGAUGACUGGGAGUUGAAUUAGUAAUCUCCUGAAAAUAGGAAAUCUGUUUCGCCCCUUACUUUGAGACCCUCCUAACUAUUUUUAUUAUUAUUAUCAUUAUUAUUGUUGUGGGCGCACGGUGGCUUAGUGGUUAGCACGUUCGCCUCACACCUCCAGGGGUUCGAUCCCCACCGUGGCCCUGUGUGUGUGGAGUUUGCAUGUUCUCCCCGUACGGGUUUUCUCCAGGUACUCCGGGUACUCCUCCCCCAGUCAAAAGACAUGCAUGGUAGGCUGAUUGACAUGUCCAAAGUGUCCGAAGUGUAUGAAUGGGUGUGUGAAUGUGUAUGUGAGUGUGUGCCCUGUGAUGGAUUGGCACCCUGUCCAGGGUGUACCCUGCCUUGUGCCCCAUGCUCCCUGGGAUAGGCUCCAGGUUUCCCCGUGACCCUGGGAAGGAUAAGCGGUAUAGAAGAUGGAUUGAUGGAUGGAUGGAUGGAUUAUUGUUGUUGUUGUUGUUGUUGUUGUUAAAAUAAAUGAAGAAGGGCUCUCUGUAUGGAUAGCAGUUCUAAAGCGGUUCUACAUAGAAACUUUUCUACGAGGAAAGUGGCAGGGUUCUACAUUCUCCUCAGAGGGCCAAAUGGAAGAACACUUAAUGGUGCUAGAUUGAACAUUAUUAUUAUAUAGUGUUGUCCAUAAAGUCGUGUCUAAAUCGUGCAAUUUCACUUCAACUAAAGCUGAACUGAUUUGUAUUUUGGGAAAAGGAAAAAAAAAUUGCUUUGUAUGGGUAGGAUUAAACACAUCCUGCCUACAGUGGGAAGUUUACUUUUGUAUGCUGACCUAGGUGCAGUUUUGACACAGUUUUUUAACAGUUAACUGUGGGAUUCGCGUAGGAGGAGCUGCUUCACCAUCCGCGUAAAAGCUGCUGGACAACGGACAAAGCAGCGGUUAGCCGUUGAACAAAGUCCCGCCCCUUUCUCCGUGUUAUAUUGGACUAUUCCAGUGAAACUCGACCCCAAACGGUCGUUCCACCUGUCAAUCAAAUGGACUUUUAAGCCUGAAGCAUUUCCUUCACGCGGAAGCUCGGCAUGCCCGUCCUGAGUAGAACAUCCCUCCUCCCCUAUCCCCUCCCCUGCUUCAUACCGCGGCUGCCCGAGUUGUUGUUAGUGAUGGAGAGACAAGAGUUGGUGGUGUGAGAAGUGUGAGGCUCGACUGAAAAGGUCCCGGAACCAGCAUGGAAACCGUGGAGCAACUCGUCACCUUUAAUCACAUCCACGUCGAGCUUAACGGAGGCGCUCCGUGGGGAUUCACGCUGAAAGGAGGACUGGAGCACGGAGAGCCGCUCAUCAUAACAAAAAUAGAAGAAGGAGGGAAGGCAGCGGAGUGUAAGAAGCUGAGGGUGGGAGACGAAUUGGUCAACAUCAACGGCUCUGCACUCUAUGGUUCCCGCCAAGAAGCUCUGAUCCUCAUCAAAGGCUCCUACAGGGUCCUCAAGAUUGUUGUCCGCAGACGCACUGUGCCACUGAUUCAUCCUCACUCCUGGCACCUGGUGAAGUUAUCAGAAGCACCCUCUGUGCCUGGUUCAGCAAGCGGUUCAGACGGCCCACUGGCCAUGCAGCUCCACCCCACACCCUUCAGUGUACCGUGGCACUCUGGGGGUGACAGUGAGCUGUCCAUGCCAUUGGGCCACCUCUCCCGGCACUACAGUACAGACCGCAGCAGCUCUGUGGGGAGUAUGGAGAGUCUGGAAAACCCUCCAAGUCAGAGUUACUACGACAGCCAGCUCUCUCCCAUUGACCCUGCCAUCUUCAAUAACAAACGUGACUCGGCAUAUAGCUCUUUCUCUGCAAGCUCAAACACAUCUGACUACACAGUAUCUUUGCGCCCUGAGGAAAACAGCUCUAUGGACAGUCUCCUGCAGGGCUUUGGCCCCUCCUGCAGGUUUACAGAAGGACAUCCUGCGGCUAGUGGCCCAGGAGAACUGCACUGUGAGGAGGGGAUUCUCAAGUCUAUGUCUCUGCCUCAUAGGCCUGAGGCUAAAGUACGUCCAUCAUCCUAUAGCUACGAAGAAAACAAGUGCGGACCUCCACAACCUCCCAUGAGGAAGGAUAGUUUCAGGGCUACCAGAGGCCUACCAGAGGUGCUGGAUAAACGUUGUGUGUCUGCUCCUGUUGGUGUGUCAAGUUUGACUUGCUGCACUAUUGAAGACCCUCCUCACAUCUGCAAGACAUUGAAUGGUAGUGUGUGUCUGAAUGGUCAAGAAAAUGACCAGGACUUGAAGAGUAAUAAAGCAGAACCUUAUUACACCAUAAAUUCUCAAAAAGAACUGUUUAUAGAUAACCAAGUCAGCUCAACAGACGGAAGCCAAAAGAUCAGUCACUUCCAGACCCUAGAGAGGCAUUCGACCAGGCCCAGUCCUGCAACAGCAGAGAGUCUUGAUAGUAAACUCAAUCAUUUAGAUAACAAUCUCCAGCCUAGGAUGCACAGACAUAGUGCACCAGAAAAAUUACUUGUCUCUCAGUUACACAUGAUAGAGCACUCAAGUGACAAUAGUGCACAUUCCAUGUCCCCUUCUAGCCUGUGGUCUAAUCCUCUGCAUCCAAGGGAGGAACUAGGUGAAGACCGUCCAGCUGUAGCUCAGGAUAAAUGGGGAGGAAGCAGGUGCUCCACACCCGGUUCACUGACCACUUCGGAGCUAGAGGAACACCGGGUGGAGGGAGAACCAUUUGAUUCAAGCCAAAGACUUACUCCUGUCCAGCAUGCUUGGGGAAGAUCUGUCAGUGUUCCAGGUGAAACUAUAGGAAAUGGAUUUGCUGAGAAUGGACCCUGCAUAGAUACUCAACUUCAAGAGAGAGGUUUUGAGGCCAUUAGUGCUGCAUCGAGCAUGGACACUCUACUUGAAAACCAGGAACAAGGAGAAGGCAGGGGAGAUGAUGGUGACAUUUCAAAGCCUGUUCAAAAACGCCAGUUUCGUUCAUCUAAGUCUCGCCGUCGAAGUGAACGUUUUGCCACAAACCUUCGCAAUGAGAUCCAGAGGAAGAAGGCUCAGCUACAAAAGAGCAAAGGUUCCAGUGGUCUGCUAUGUGAUGGCGAGACUUUGGAGGAAGAGGAUAUGGAAGAAAAAUCCCCAUCAGAGAUGCCAGCCAUCAAUCAACACAGGAUUCAAACACAGACUAAUCAACACAACAGCUUCCAGAAUUUUGCUCCAUCACAGGCCAGAACAAUUGCCUCAAACUCAACAUUUCCAGGCAGAUGCUGUGGAACAAAUUCUUCAGAGCAUUCAGGGAGCAGGACUGAAGAUAUCCAUAAUUCACAAGAUGAUACCAUUGGAAUCCAGUCAGCUGAGGUAAACAGACCUGUAUGUGUGCGUGUGGUCGAAGAGUUGGCACCACCAGGUAAAGCCAGGCGUUGGCGCUGGACACCUGAGAACAAACUACAACCAGAAAUGGAACCAACUGAAAUAAAGAAGAAUGGUGAAGGAACAGUACCAUCUUCUUGGAACCUUGGAAAAACAAGGGAACGAGUGGGUUCUUCAGGUGGACGCUCUACCCGAGCUGAUGACUGUGACAUCCCACCUUUUGCAGACCGCAGGAAGUUCUUUGAGGAGACUAGCAGAAACCUGAGCCAGUCUGUGACCAACCUGGCAGGCCUUACAAGCCACCGCCAGAGGCCAGAGAAGCAUGGGAGAAAGAAAGAUCCAACUUUUUCUGAACCCCUUGAGACAGUCCCUGACCUUGGGCACAGGAGGUUCUCUUACCAGGGUGGAAUUAAUGAUGGAACCUCAGUCAAUUCGUUUGAUACUAGAAGAAAGAGAUUACAGCAAGAGAGAGACCGAGAGAGAGAAAAUACACUGGAAAGAGAAUGGGAAAAGGAGAGGCAGAAUGAGAAACAGAGGGAAAAAGAACGAGAACGUAAAGAACAGGAGCGACUACAGGCAUGGGAAAAGGUGCAGGAGCAGGAGAGGGAAAGCGAGAGAGCAAGAAAGGAAGCCGAAAGAGAGCAACAGAGAGUGCAACAGAUGGAGAGAGACUGGGAAACCAGUAGAGAUCGCUUUUAUGCAGGACAUGACCUCAACAAUACCACAAUGCUACCACCUUUGCCUCAUGAUAGCCUAAAACAACCACAUGCAUCUCAAAAUCUAACCUUGUGUAUUUCACACUCUGACAAUUUGCACAACAAGACCAAACCUGACAUCCAAAAGCCAUGCUCAGCUUUCCGACCUGUAACUAGCCAGAAGUAUCAAUCUGACAACUACUGUCUACACCGUGGAUACACAGCCAGGAGCUGCAUUCCAACAGAGGCUUUUCCUGUACAUGAGCUGGAACAAACAAAACUAAGGAGGAAGUUUAGCCUGACUGAAAGGGACUAUACUCUGUGUAGACGAGAUUCAAGACCAGGAGAAGUUACUGUGGGUCAUGGGUUUCAGUGUCAGUGGAACAACAGACUACGUGAUUGCAACAACAAGGAUCAAUCCUUCACGUCCUCAAGACUUACAAACCGCACCAUGUCUGAAAACGACAUCUGCGUGGAGACCAAGUGUCUUCGUAGCCAUGGUGCUGCUACCAAUAAUAGCAGAAUGUCUUCUUCCAUCGUCAGGGAACUGGAGGAGAAUGUUGUGUCUGUAGAUGAGACAAAGAAGAAAAAAGGGCCUCCUCCUCCUCGGCCACCCCCCCCAAAAUGGGAGCAGUUCCAUAAGAGAAGGGCAUCUCACCACAGUCUCUUCUCUACCCAACCUGUCUCUUCGUCCCAGCUCCAAACGUACACACCCUGUCCAUCCACUACCCUUGAAAUGACUCGUCAGCGGUCCUACAGCCUUCCUCCAAGGGAUGAUGCGGAAAGGCACCAAGCUCCGCUAAACCCUGCCUUAAAUAACAGAGCUUUCAAACCUGUGGCCCUGCCUCCAAAAGAACAAGACACUGCCAGAAAUCAGCAUUAUGAUACAAACAGUUCAGAAGACACACCACCAUCCUCAAAUGAGUCGAGCCGAAGACUUUCUGAGCAAAGCUUGGCCCAGCCUUCCGAUCAAUACAGACCAGCUGUGGUGAAACCAGUCAUUUAUAAGCAUAGAGCAGAGUGGGACUUGACUUCUCCUCACAACUACACAGCAAAAAACAAUGCUAGCAAGUCACCAAUCCCGGUCUCUACUUUGGAGAAUGGCUCUCGCGCUGGACCCGUCUAUCCGGAGUCCUACUUUACAAUGAAUUACAACCAACAGCAGCAUUUCCAGAAUCAGCCUCAGCAAAUAUGCAUGCUUGGCACUAUCAUCAAGACUCUGGAACCUUCUACCCAAAGCCUACCCUCCAAUGAGGAUCAAUCUUUGCCCUAUGAGACAGACAUAGAUGAGUUCCCUGAGAAUGAGGGAACCGCAGUGGAACAGCAAAGGCAAGCAGAAGACCGCACAGAGAUGCAGUGUUUUGCUCAGCCAGUGACGGUGCUGGAAACAGACAUCGACACAUUGACUGACGAAGAGGCUUCGUCAUCAGGUAUGAGGAGAGGGCAAAGGGCGUCCAUCGUGGACUCUUUAUUAGAAGAGGGUUGUGGCAGAGCUGGAAAGGAGCUAAUGGGAGAACUGUUCCCUCACUAUGCAGGGAGUGGAACAGAAGGCUGGAGAGGAGGCAAUAUAGUGAGUGGAGACAUGGUAGAGAGGUCUUCUAGACAGAGCCCCUCAGUACCACAGGGCUCAACCUCUACCAGCUACAGAGGACCCACCAACAAAGCUCAACUCCUUAAUAAGAUGCCAAACUUCUCCGAAAUUAAGAAGGAAGACGAAGAGCUUAAUUACAAGAGGCAGCUGAUGGAAAGCUUGCGUAAGAAGCUGGGUGUGUUGCGGGAAGCCCAAAGAGGUUUGCAGGAGGACAUCAGAGCCAACGCUCAGCUUGGCGAGGAGGUGGAAAGCCUGGUGCUGGCCGUCUGCAAGCCAAACGAGGUCGACAAGUUCCGUAUGUUUAUCGGAGACCUGGACAAAGUGACGAGUCUUCUGUUAUCGCUCUCCGGCAGGCUGCUCAGAGUGGAGAGUGCUCUCGAUUGCUUGGACCCAGAAUCAGGCCAUCGUGAGAGGCUCCCCCUGAUGGACAAGAAGAAGCAGCUCCUUGCACAGCUGGCUGAGGCUCAGGAGCUGAAGGAGCAUGUGGACCGGAGGGAGGAGGCCGUGGGCAGGGUGCUGGGUCGAUGCCUGACUCCAGAACAACUGCGUGAUUACAGCCAUUUUGUGAAGAUGAAGGCAGCACUUCUGGUAGAACAGCGGCAGCUGGAUGACAAAAUCCGGCUAGGGGAAGAACAGCUCCGAGGCCUCAAGGAGAGCCUCGGCCUGGGAUACGGCCCUUACUGAAACUGGAAUUGGAAGUAAAGUACAGGAAGCUUGCGUAUGCAUACAUGCACAUGAAUGUUUCUGAUAAAUAAUUACGUCCGAGUGUAUAUGAACGUUAUAUCAAAGCUGCAACGGUGACAGUCAGAGACUUCUUAAGCACAAGCAUAGUGAAUUUAUCAGCUGUAGUAUCAGCUGAUGCUUGGUGGCAGUAUUUUGCCACUCCUUUACACAGCAGCAAUACUCAUAUGUUUUGUUGAGAAAUUAGUAACACUAAGCAGUAAAUGACCUCAAAAUCCUACUCUAAGCCACAUAAUGCUGUGUGUGUGUGUGUGUGUGUGUGUGUGUGUGUGUGUGUGUGUGUGUGUGUGUGUGUGUGCGCGCGCGCAUCUCAUUAAUAUCAACUGAAGACCUGUCCAUGCACUGCUAUUUAUUUAUUUAUAUCUCUCAGCAAAAUCAGAGAAAGAACUCAAGAGUCAUGUUUGUUCUGUUUACUGAGAAUUGGUCACCUUGAAAAUCAGCAGACGGAGCAAUAAAAACAUUCGGCCCAAUAAUCCUGUUACGUUUCAUAUGUUACUAGAAAGAAUUUUGAUAGAAACGUAGAAAUCCAUACGUGCAGGAAUAGUGCUAAGCUGUGAGUGACCUCACCAAACAGCACUCUGUCCGGGUCAAACUGGACUUUGCUCUGUAAGUAAAGUAUUACAAAAGCAUCUUCUGAAGAUCCAUGUUUUCUUCAGUCAGGUUAGAGCCAUCAGCGUGGAUCAUUUAUUCUGUGGCGAUUUACGUGUUGUGUUCAGGUAAUGGUCCACUUAUUCAGCAAAUCAGAAGCAUUCACAACAUAUUCAUGCCUUUUUCAUUAUAAAGUGCUUUACUACAUUUUUUUUUCCCUUGUAAGUGAUAUCUGACUUUUUUUUUUUUUUGAUGCCAAAGAUUAUGUUCAUGUCUUAACACAAGAACAGAAAUACGGUGCUUAUUUUGGAGAACUACACGCAGUAGCCGAGUCGUUAAAGGAAAUUCUUGCUGUUGCUGUGUUUAUUCAGUGCAGCUGUGUUUAACAUUUUGAUCACUAAAAACAGUUCUUACAUUCCUUGUAUUUAAUGCGUGCAGGGUUAUAUAAUGUGUAAUAUCAUUUUUGUUUCUGACUGAGCAAACUGCUUUUUAAUAUCCUUAUCCUCUUUAGAGGAAAGAAUGCUGCUCUAUUGAACAUUUAAUGUGCUUGUUUUCAACCAACAAUGUAUUAAACAAUAUAUUGUUGGGUUUCUUUUUUUUCUCCACCUCUUUCCAGAACUACCUUUCAGCAUUUAAGAGUGCCAAAGAUGAAUGUGCAUUUGUUACAGUAAUCAGAUAAAAAGUAUGUUCAUGUAUACUUUUUUUUACCCCAAUGUAUAUACUGCCUCUUUCGGUGCUCUUGAUUUCCUUUUUUUGUUGUAUCAUACUUUCGUAAAUUACUUCACGCUGGAAAUGUAUGAAAAUAUUUCGUUGAACUAUAAGUGAUCAAUCUCUCCAAUUUUUGGUUUGUUAAAAGUCCAGUGUGGAAUAUGUACUAUUGAUUUAUAGAAUAUAAAUAUUUUAAGCUA